GGACACAUGCAAAGUCUGGAACAGCAGGAGCUCAACAGCCCAGGGAAGUGAAAAUCCUAUUCAUACUCUGAAUCAACAUUUUGAUUAUUAGCCAUGAUGUCGUAACCACCCAUGGUAGACUUACCACGAGCUAUGAGGUUGUGAAACAAUGGUAUAUGCAACCUGUAGAAGGCACAAGUCCGCCUGAUACCAACCUUGUUUUCAGAAAAAAAAAAGUUUUAUUCGUGAUAUCAUUGAGAAGUACCACACUGCCCACAAUCCUAAAGUGUAACAUCGACGUCUGUGAUUGGUUGGAAGUCGUUGGAAAGGCAUUCGCAGUAGUCUAUGGGAUGAGUCGUUACUUCACUCUUAAAAUAAUUAUGUACACAGUCUUGUACCUUGGCCCUUUUCCGUUUUUCCAAAUUGUUUUGCUCCGAAUGAAAUAUUUUAUAGUAACAAUUAAUCUCGUGGAUUAUUGACCUGGUGCCAAGCUUAAAACUUUAUACAUGGAUUUUAUGAAACGUCAUUGGAGUGAGUUAAUCGGAAAUUCACUUCCGGUCCUGGGCGGUCACUGUUGAGCUUAACUGCUGCGAUUAAUUAUACUGUCGCGUUACUCUUAAUUCCUUUGUCCCAUCCAGGAUCCUGUAGAAUGAGGACUGGGGUUUUCCAGUGAUCACAUUGGUCAGUAGCUGGACUGGUGACUGGCAUUGAUCUCUUAUCUCGAAGGCGAGGCUACAAACGGUUGUGAGGCUGGCGUGAAGGAAAAGAUGGACCCUCCUCGCAUUUAUGUGCAGAGAACUCUGGCCCUCAUAAAACCAGAUGCCUUCGACAAACGUGAGGAGAUUGAAGACAUUAUCCUCAAAUCGGGGUUCAUUGUUUUGCAGAGGCGGAAGCUGCAGCUAAGUCCAGAGCAAUGCAGCGACUUCUACGCAGACCAAUAUGGAAAAAUCUUCUUCCCCAACUUGACUGCCUUCAUGAGCUCUGGCCCCAUUAUUGCCUUGACUCUGGCCCGAGAAAAUGCUAUUGCCCACUGGAAGACCCUUAUAGGGCCUGUCCUCAGCAACAAGACUCGAGAAACUCAUCCAGAAUGCCUUAGAGCAAAAUAUGGCACUUCUGAGUUGCAAAACGCUCUCCACGGCAGUGAGUCAUUUCGUGCAGCUGAGAGGGAGAUCAAAUUCAUCUUCCCAAACUCUGUAAUUGAGCCCUUUCCCUCAAAAGGAGCGACUGAGGAAUACCUGAGCAAGCAUGUAAACCCGACUUUGCUACGUGGACUCACUGAGCUCUGCAAGCACAAGCCACUAAACCCCUGUGUUUGGCUAGCUGACUGGCUGAUGAAAAACAAUCCAAGCAAGCCUCAGAUAUACGAUGGAGUCAUUGCGGAAGAAGCAAAAUGACAACAUGGAAAAAAAGGGAAGAAUACAUGUAUCAGACAAUGUGAAAUUCAACAAAUGUUUCUCACGUGACAAAAAAAUAAAAUUUAUAUUCAGAACAAA